GGAAUACAGCCGGACGGAAACAGAAAAAGAACAGGAGAAAAAGAACGCCGGUUUUCAAAGGACGCUGGUUUUUGGAAGGAGAGAUGGAAGAAGUACAAGAAGCGGAUGAGAACGUUUUAGUUGGCCCCAUGCAGGGGAAAUUCUGUUAUAAAAUACAGGAUGGGAGAGUUGAUAAGAGCGUGGUCGUAUGUAAAUUGUGCAACAAGGAGUUCGUGUAUCACCGCAGUGCAUCAAGCCUGAAAUACCACCUCAAUGCCAAACAUGUAGCAGCAAGCUUGGCAGAUGGCGCGCAAGCUAACCCAACAUGGACGACACACAGCCAACCCACACUACAUCAACUGAGUUUCAAGGGCAAGGUCAGCAAGACCACGGCAGAGAAAAUGACCAACGCGCUGGCUUACUGGGCGGCUCUCGACUGCAGACCCAUUGCAGUGGUAGAAGAUAAGGGGCUGGAAAAGGUACUUCAGAUUGCGUUGUCUGACACCACGUAUGAGCUGCCAUGCAGAAAAACAGUGACAAAGAGGGUCCAGCAGCUCUACGACAGUGAAAAGGGAGAGAAAGAGAAUUUGUUGGAAAAAGCAGAAUGCGUCGCUAUUACUGGGGAUCACUGGACCUCGGUCAGCAACGCAAAUUACCUCGGUGUGACGGCACACUUUAUUGACAAGUGGCGUCUUCACUCGUUUGCCUUAACCAUCAAGAAGAUCACCACAAGGCACUUUGCUGAAAACGCGGCAGAAGAUUUUGAGUCUGUGGCAGAGGCCUGGGAAAUCACACAGAAAGUCACCACAAUCGGAACAGACAGUGCCCAUGCCAUGACCGCUGCAAUGAGACAGCUCACAUUCCAGCACAUGCCAUGUGUUGCUCACCUGUUACAGAGGACGAUCACAGUUUGCCUUGCUGACAGCGGGUUCACAGCCACACUGGUGAGAUGUCGUAAGAUAGUCGGGCAUUUUAAACACAGCCCCUCAAACACAGAGGAACUGCACCAGGAGCAAACACAACUAGGCCAAGACAACGAGCCACUGAUGCAGGACGUUUCCACAAGAUGGAAUUCCACCCUGUUGAUGGUCUCUCGUCUGCUGAAGAACCAAGAUGCUGUGAAGGCUACGCUCGCCAAACAGAAGCACAAGCUCACCAUGUUGACUACUGCUGAGUGGGACAGACUGCAGAGGCUCGAAACCCUACUUUCACCAUGCAGAGAUGUGACAGAGCUCCUUGGGGGUGAGAAUUAUGUGUCGUGCUCAGUUGUGUUACCUGCUCUCCGCCACCUGACCCGCACCAUGGAGGCCUCAGAUGAUGACCCAGCUUAUGUGGUGAAGUUCAAGGCUGCGUUUGAAAAGGAACUGUCUCAACGCGAGGAUGCCCUCAACUAGAGGUCGACCGAUAUGGGUUUUUCUAAAGCCGAUGGCAAUACUGAUAUUUAGAGGUCAGAGUCAGCCGAUAUGAGCUGCCAAUUUUUUUGGGCCGGUUUUUAGGGCCGAUAUGCUAUCGUGUUGUCCUUAAUUGGCAUGCUAAAAUAUCAUACUAGUAAGAGGACGCACAACACUUAUAAACUUAACACAAUUAGCAUUUAAUAGUGCCUUCAAUGUUACUGUUACUAUAUGUUAAUGAAAAAUUAUUAAUUUCAUUUAGAUUUUAUUAUUCAUAACAUUUAUUUUCAUUAUAAAUAACAUACAUAAUAUUUAUACUAUAUAUUAUAUAAAUGACUGUACUCAUCAUAAGAAUUAACAAAUUAAUGACUUAAACGUAUUAAAAUAAUCAAUAGACUAACAGAGUGCAAGAAUACUUCCAUGAUGUGACAACUUCAGAUAGUUACUUCAAAAUGGUAAAAUACAUGUUCAAGUUAUACAGUUUCACUGUGGAACUUCCAUGCCUUGAACUUUCACACGUUUCUGUUUCAACAAUAUAAAACUCCGUCUCCCAGCAUGCUGUGCAGGAAACCGGAAAUAGGAACUGCAGAGGUCUAGCAUCGGUCUCUGGUUCACAAUCAAAUCAAACAUGUAUACAUCGCGAAAACGAAUGGACAUGGGAUGGCAAUGUUAUAAUACGUUCACAGGUUAGUUUUGCGUCCUCUUUUUGUUAACUUUUCACUUAGAUUGUCCGUUACUACAGUUUAGAUCGGAACAUAGCGGUCACCAGCGUUAAGGGGGCUUACAUAGUCGACGCAUUCCCGACGCACUCGCGGCCACAAGGCUACGCAUCGCAACGUUUCGUUUCGAGAGGAAUUCUACAACUCCGAUGCAGUUGAAAUGCUAUUCGUUUUUCCUUUCGCUAAAUGAAGCAACACAUCACAGAUUACAACUAUCAUGAGAGCAAAUAUACGACUUUAGGACAUUGAAAUGUAAGAAUUGAAGCCUUACCUGUAGGCUAUCUCUGCUGACUCCUGAAACAUUUGUUGGCUUGGGUCUUUUGCACGCCGCGUUCUACGUAGCUGUCGUGCCUGACUUUAAAUCGGCGCGACCAAAUAAGAAAAUCAGCCGAUGCCGAUUCAUUAAAAAAUGGCAAAAUUCAGCCGAUAGAUCGGUCGACCUCUACCCUCAGUUGUUACCUGCUCUCCGCCACCUGACCCGCACCAUGGAGGCCUCAGAUGACGACCCAGCUUAUGUGGUGAAGUUCAAGGCUGCGUUUGAAAAGGAACUGUCUCAACGCGAGGAUGCCCUCAACCAUGGAUGGCUCAGAGUGGCAACAGCACUUGACCCUCGUUUUAAGGACCUAAAGUGUCUACCAAGAGGAGAGCGAGGAGAGGUGUGGACCAGCAUUGAGGCACUGGUGCAAAAACAACCAGGCAGAGCCACUCCGGAACGCACAGGGGAGCCAGCAAGGAAGAGGAGCCUCCUGCUGUAUAAUUCAGAUUCUGAAUCGGAGGAUGAAGAUUGGCCCAAAGGAGCCCUGACCCGUUACAGGGCAGAGCCUACCAUCAGUGAGAGAGACUGCCCACUGCAGUGGUGGUCCACUCAUGAGGGAGCCCAUCCACAGCUCUCUGCCCUGGCCCGCAAGUAUCUGGGCAGCCCUGCCACUUCUGUCCCUUGCGAAAGAUUAUUCUCCCUGGCAGGUAAUAUAGCUCAAAAGAAGAGGGCAGCCUUGAGCUCCGAAAAUGUCAACAGGCUAGUUUGUCUCAACAACUGGCUGAAAGAGAAGGAGCAGUAAUCAGUUAAAUGUGUCCUGAGGCCAGUUGGCCAGUUAUUUUUCAAAAGGAUAUUGGAAGAAUUGAGAUUGAGGUCAAUCACUGGCACUUUUUAAUGGAUCACUUUAUGUUGAACUGUUUGUCUUGGCCAAUGUUAUUCAGGGUUGGACUGAGUUUGAUUUAAUUUCUCUCUUAUUUUUUUGUAAUCAUUUCAACCGUUGAUAAAUCAACAGUGUGUUAAAGCCUCAGAGGUAACAGAGAUGUUUUCUAACAGGGUUUAUUUACAUUGCUCUGAAUGUACUUGAAAGAAUUGCGUUUUACAAAAAAAGUGUUAUAGUUUACAGAAGAUCUACCUAUACCUAUAAAGCUACCUGAAUUUCUGAAAUUAACUUUCCUAAAUAUGCUGAACUUUAUGGCACGUUUUUUAAUGGAUCACUUUAUGUUGAACUGUUUGUCUUGGCCAAUGUUAUUCAGAGUUGGACUGAAUUUGAUUUAAUUUCUCUGAUUUUUUUUUUGUAAUCAUUUCAACUGUUGAUAAAUCAACAAAGUGUGUUAAAGCCUCAGAGGCAACAGAGAUGUUUUCUAACAGGGUUUACCUUGUUCUGAAUGUACUUGGAAAGUAUUGCGUUUUACCCAAAAAAAAACCCAGUUAUAGUUUACAGAAGAUCUACCUAUACCUAUAAAGCUACCUGAAUUUCUGAAAUUAACUUUCCUAAAUAUGCUGAACUUUAUGGCAGAAUUUGCACUGGCUUGUUGAUCUUGGUUUUGAAAAAAAAAAAAAACAAUAUUUUGUUGAUUUAAGCUUAUGUAUUGUCAUUCAAAAUCCAUGUGGAAAAAAUGUCUUUCUACCUGUUCUCAAGUCAGAUAUUUCUAUGCGAUUAAUUUCGAUUAAUUAAUUUCAAAGGCUCUGAUUAGAUUAAAAUUUUUAAUCGUGUCCCACCCCUACUUUCUGUAUUUAACCAUUUGAGAGAGAAAGCAUUAGGAGCUUCAUAUUGACUAGGAAUCAACUUGAAAAGUAAUUAUUCCAUAAAAAUCGUAUCGCAGCCAAGGCCUACCCUGCUCCCAUGUUUGCUUAUAAGUCCUUUGUCGUUUCUCCUUCUCGUACGCUUUAUCGGCGGCCUUUUCCUCCUCUUCAGACCGAGGUCGCUUUGUCCCCGUCUCUGGCGGUUUCUGUACACCUUUCAGAAAAUUCCACAUCUGCCAAAGCUUCAUUGCGAUGUAGAUGAAACAACAAAAACGCGUGUUUAAAUGGACGAUAAUGUGGCCCCAUCUAUUGAAUUUGAUAACGUCAUUACCGCGAUAUUCAACGAGAUGCGUUAUAUGCAUGCGCAGUAGUGAAAAAACUGACAGCCUGACUCGUACACGAUAUGAUUCGGAAUUCUUCGGUAUUUUCCGUCCCGCCGAUAAACACAUCGAUGAACACAGACACGGCACACGCUUAAUAUGUGGCGGCUUUAGUUGGCGGUGUGUCUGAAUCUUCGCUUCAUACAUAUAUAAUUUUUUUUUUUUUUUAAACUAGCCAGCCGGGCUGGCUAGUGACAGGAAUUAACUGCCAAAUGACAAAUUAAGUCGCCUCGGGCGACCGGACCACCGCGAAUUUCGAGCCGUGCAGUAGCAUGUCAGAUGUGAUCUGAUGUUUAGUACAUAUGAUCCACAAAACAAUAAGUAAUGAUUCUCUAAACUUGAAUUCACUCCUGAUCUGAUGUGGUUCAGUUCAGUUAAAUGUUGGGUUUAACAGCCCUGAGUGGAGCAGAAGCGCGAGCAUUACGGGUUUCUUCUUUAGUUAGCAUUAGCCCCUGCUACCUUUCUAACAUAACCAGGUUUCGUGCUGCUCGUGUAUUUCAUUGCAGUGUCUCAAAUUUUGCACAUGGCAGUGCUUUUGUGGAGAUUUCCUGAUGAGCUUUUAUUAACUGUCAAUGUUCAGCUUAAGACUCGGGGAUGAAUUGCAGAUUUCUCACUUGCUUUCUCUGGUAAGUAGUAGAGUGUAUGCUGAUUGUCUUUAAUAGCAACCUUUUCCUUUUCAAUUCAAACCAGAUCUAGGUUCAUAUAUCAAUGUAGCUAUAUUGUAGAUGGCUGCAUAGGUUUUUUUUUCUCGUCUCGUCUCGUCUCGUCUUCUUCCGCUUUAUCCGGGACCGGGUCGCGGAGGCAGCAGUCUAAGCAGGGAAGCCCAAACUUCCCUUUCCCCAGACACCUCGGCCAGCUCCUCGGGAAGAACACCGAGGCGUUCCCAGGCCAGCCGAGAGACAUAGUCCCUCCAGCGUGUCCUGGGUCUUCCCCGGGGCCUCCUCCCGGGGGGACAUGCCUGGAACACCUCCCCAGGGAGGCGUCCAGGAGGCAUCCGAAAAAGAUGCCCGAGCCACCUCAGCUGAUUCCUCUCGAUGUGGAGCAGCAGCGGCUCUACUCCGAGCUCCUCCCGAGUGACUGUGCUUCUCACCCUAUCUCUAAGGG